AUGGUCCUACGAAUCCGCCUCUCCCGCUUCGGAAAAAAGCACUCCCCAUUCUACAACAUCGUCGUCGCACACGCGCGAACAGCGCGCAACUCCCGCCCCCUCGAAGUCCUCGGAACCUACAAUCCCAUCCCCCAACCGCCACGACCAGGCGACACGCACGGGCGGCCAUGGAAAGACAUCCAGCUUGAUAUUAGCCGGGCGCGGUAUUGGGUUGGUGUUGGUGCGCAGCCGUCGGAUACGGCGUGGCGGUUGUUGAGUAUGGUCGGCAUUUUGGAGCCGCAGUAUCGCGUUUCGCAGAUUCAGGGGCAGGUUGUUAGGGCGGAUUCAGCGGCGAAGUCGAUUAUUCCGGAGUCUGGGGCGGCUUAG